CGGCCAUUUUGGUUCGGGAAACGAGAAGCCAUCUUUGGCGAGGGAGCAACAACCAUUGCGCGAGCUCCGGUGACGACGCGCGUCCAAUGGGGCGGGAACUUGGCUCCCCGAGGUUACAAGGACGGGGGGGGGACUCUCGUUAAGGGCGCACGACCCCUUGCAAUUCCAUUGGGAUUGUCGGCAGACAUCUUCACUCCGGUCACCCCCCCACCCCCGCCGCUCUCCCUACGCAACAUGGCCGCCCACUCAGGGCGUCCCCAUUGACGUCCAGACAGAGGCGAUGGCCGGGCCGGGGUUGAGGGCGUACGCGGCUCUGCCCGUGUGGGUGGUGGAGGAGCACAACGAUGUCCUGCCUCACAUAUACCGGGCCAUGGGCUCCCGGCACCUGCCUAUGGAGGGCCUCACCCUGCUGCAUGUGGACGCGCACCCCGACCUGCUGCUGCCCGUGUCCCUCCCUGCACGCACCGUCCAUGACCCCCACACACUGUUCAGCGAGCUGAGCAUCGAGAACUGGGUGCUGCCUGCGGUGUUUGCGGGCCAUGUGGCGCGCGUUGUGUGGGUGAGGCCGCCCUGGGCUCGCACGAUGCGUGAAGGCCGACACAACUUCUGCGUCGGGAGGGACCCGGACAACGGCACCAUCAGGGUGAGUAGCACUGAGAGCUACUUCCUGAGCGACGCUCUCUACCUGCCGGAGGGCCAGCUGGAGGACGCUAAGCCGGUGGCGCUGGAGGUGGUCACCCUCCCGCUGAAUGCCGACGAUGCUGGCACCAGCACCGAUGUCCCGGCUGGCAGGAAGCGGCGACUUGAGCUGGAGGAGACAGAGUCAGCCGCACCCCCCAAGGCGGCGCUCGUGGAGCCUGGGGUGGCGCAAGGUCAGGCCGCAUCAUCCGUCAAUUAUCCGGAGCCUCGCUCACGGCGAGAGGAGGCGAGUGGGGCACAUGUGGAGGCAGGACCAUCAGCUGAUAGAACAUCACCUGGUCAGCAGGCAUCAACUGACAAAACAUCAUACAGGCGGGAAAGGAAACCUGGUCAACCAACAUCAUCCAAACAGUUAACAUCACCUGGGCAGCAAAUGUCAUGUGACAAAACAUCACAGAAACAGCAAGCAACACCUGGACGACAAUCAGAACCUGGCCAUCCGACAUUUCCUGAACAGGAAACGUCACAUGAGCCUGCAACAUCACCUGCACAGGAAAUAUCACCAGUUGAACUUAGAAGAUCACCAAAGCCUGAAACAUCCACUGCAGAGAAAGACCCGUCACCCACUGAAGAGACGUCACCCGCAGAUCGACAUUUGUUGCCCGAGGGGGCCCCAGCAGGGCCAACGAGAGGGCCUGUUUCACCGGGGGUGACCACCGCAGUGAACGGCCCCCGUGGCCAGGAGUCGUGUGAUGCGGAUGGCGCGGGGCACCGGUGGCGCGGGGGUGUGCGCGCUGUGGCUUUGAGGCUGCUGAAGGCGUGCCCUGGCGACGGUGCCACCCUAAUCCUCGACAUCGACCUCGACUUCUUCUCCGUGAAGAAUCCGUUCCGCGACAUAUACUCGCAGGCGGAGCUGGCGCUGCUACACGACCUCUACGCGUUUUCCCGGCCGGACACGGACACGGAGGAGGCUCUGGUGAGUGCCGUGAGACGGCGUCAGCAGCACCUGGAGGAGCUGGAGCUGGCAUUUGUGGAGCUGAGCCGAGACGAUGGCCCCGAGAGCCUGGAGGUGCUCGACAACGACCCACGGUGGACGUCGCUGGUCAAGCUUGUGAAAAGUCUAAAGAGCAGGCUGAAGGAGCGGCCUGACUACGAGAUGGUGCACCAGGCGGGCCUGACGUGCGACGACCAGGAGCUGCCGCAUCACGUGAGCUCGCAGCCAGAGCUCAACGCCCUGCUGCUCGGUCUGAGGGAUGCGCUGUGCGUGCUGCCACCCCCCACCAUCGUCACCAUGGCACGGUCCAGCCUGGACGACUACUGUCCCCCAGACCAGGUUGAGGAGAUACAGGAGCGCGUGCUGGAGAUGCUGGAGGAUCUGUACGGGGACCUGGAGGUGCACAUGGAGUAUUAGAAGACGGGGCGCACGGUGACAAGUGGAGGGACUUGUGGAGACGCGUUGAGACAUUUGCGGAGACUUUGCCCUCCACGCUAGAUUUUGUUUGUUUACAAUAAAAAAAAGCAAAUUUUGA